GGGCGCAGCUAGCGCUGCGAUGCAGUGCCCUAGACCACUGCGCCACCCGGGAGGCCCUCGGAUACUCUUUUUUGAUUAAUUUGCCAUAUUCCCUAGACCAUAUGCCCUAUGAUUACACCUUAAACCUGUCAAGUUAUCUCAGAUCUCCAGAAGUACAUAGGGCUCAGGUUUUAUGGGUCGAUUUGGGAUUGGGUCUUUGUCCUGUUCUGCUAUGCAGAUGACACAGUAUGGGCACCACUAUCUAAGCAGAUGAACUUUUAUGAAGGUUUUGUUCAAAACGUCUGCUGGACUGUGCACAGUUAGUACAUGCAACUGUUUUGUAAUAUCUGCCUCUGUGAACCAGGUGAGAUGAAAGCAGCAAGAGCUCACCUGACUCAGGUGUUUUGCCAGGAACCCCGGGAGGCUGCAGCUCAGGCUAGGAUAGACGUGGUGGAGGCCUGGCAACAGAAGUACCGCAGGGCGGCUGGCAGGCUGGCCGAAAGAGAACCCUCCACUCUCGACUUCCUGCUGAGCCUCAUUCCCCCAAGUCACAGGAAACGCAUGGCACAAGCAGCAGCCCAGGAAGCAGGGAGUGCCCUUGCUCUCAUGACCGUGGCUGUGCAAGGGGCGGGCGAGCUCCAACCACAGUACCUGUGCCAACGGGCCUCUUGCUUCACCCAGCUUGAAUUGCAUGAACAGGCCGUGGCUGUCCUGGAUUGGGUCAUCCAGAGCCAUGGGGGCCCCUUCGACGCUGCUUGCCGAGCCUCAGAGGAGCCGCACAUCUCGGCCGAGGACCUGUGCCAGCGAGGCCGCAGCCUGGUGCUGUGCUCCUAUGAGGGGCCUACCCCCGAUGACUUCACCCGGGCCCUGGCGCUCCAUCGAGGCAAGGCCCUGCAGUGUGUGGAGGCCGGGCUUGUGACUUUCAAUGUGGCACCGUCAUAGGAUGCCACCUUUCCAACAAGUCAGUUCUUCAAAUUUCUGCCCUGCUAGAGCUGCCCCGGUCAACUGUAAGUGCUGUUAUUGUGAAUUUCGAAACGUCUAGGUGCAACUACGGUUGAGCCGCGAAGUGGUAGGCCACACAAGCUCACAGAAUGUGACUGCCAAGUGUUGAAGCACGUCUUCGGUUGCAACAUUCACAACCGAGUUCCAAACGGCCUCUGGAAGCAAAGUCAGCACAAGAACAGUUUGUUGGGAGCUUCAUGAAAUUGAUUUCCAUGGCCGAGCAGCCGCACACAAUUCUAAGGUCAACAUGCGUAAUGCCAAGCUUCGGAUGGAGUGCUCCAAAGCUCGCCGCUAUUGGACUCUGGAGCAGUGGAAACGCUUUCUCUGAAGUAAUGAAUCACGCUUCACCAUCUGACAU